AUCAACAAUACCUCGCUCGGCGUGCUGCGUGCGUUUGGUGACCGGAAUGUGACCGCAGCAAACGGUGAAAUGGCUAGCUGUUGAUAUUUAAUUGGUGUUUCGUUGUAAAACAGAGCUGUUAUAGAUGUAUAUUGUUAGUUUGUUAAAGUCGCCCACUUUUGUUUACGUGUGUUCGUGUGGCGGUUACGAUGGCGAAACGGUUCGGGCACUUCCAGCUGAAGCAACCGCUCACCUCGAAAAAACCGAAGCUCGACAUCGAAAUCGUCCCGAGCCAGCAGUACAACCCACAGCCGAGUACUUCCAAGGCGGGCAGCUCCUCAGGUGCGGGCAAAAGUGCCGCCACAGCUGCCACCACCGCCACAGCGGAAAACCUGUGGGACGAUGACGACGACGACAUUAUCGUGCUCGCGACCCAGGCCAUCGAGGCGGACCUUACGUUCGGCAAGUUUAGCCGCAGCGUCAAGACGAGCACGCAGCAAACGACGGAGGUGAUCGCGGCCGGGGGACAGCACACCGGGGCAGGGAAGCUUCCGGGCAAGGUACCGGACAAGCUGGUGGCGGAACUGUUUGCCGACGGGGAGGAUGAUUUGUUUUCGGAAAAGCUCGAUGACAACUAUCGCAACAUCGACAACGCGAUCAACGACUACUUCAACAACAACGAUGAUGACUUCAAUCUGGACGAGUUCCGGCAGGAAGAGCAAGCACCGUCGGUUGGUGGGAGGCGUGAACCCGCACCGAAAGCUUCGUGGGAGGAAGCACCGUCGGUUGGUGGGAAGCGUUCAGGGGAACCGCAGCCACCGAAAGCUUCCUGGGAGGAACCACCGUCGGUUGGUGGGAAGCGUGAACCCGCACCGAAAGCUUCGUGGGAAGAAGAGUUUAAGGUACCCCCGGCGCCACUGCCACCGGCGGGAGCGAAAGGGAGUGAACCGAGCAAGGCUUACCACAAGGAUGAACCGACCUCUACCUCGCGGUUAGGUAUUUUUAGGCCGAAAACCUCCACCGCAACAUCGUUUAAAGCUACCCCAUCACACACCCCCAAACCGGAAGCGGAAGAAAAGCCCGAACUAGCCUCUAGCCAAAAGCAGGAAUAUGCCAAGGACAUUCAGGUGAAGUUUCUCACCAAGCACGUGGAGCAGCUGGCAAAGAAGGUGGACAGCUUGCAGAAGGACUACACCGAAGCGGUGGAAAAGGCCCAGGUCAAGGACGGCGAAGUGUCGAUGCUGCGGUACGAGCUGAAAAUGGUGAAAACCGCCAACGAGCAGCUGCGGCUGGAGAAGAUGCGCGAGAAGGAAACGAUCCAGAAGGAGUGGAUCGAGAAGAUGAAGAAUCUGGAGAAAACCAUCUCAGCGCAGAAGGUGGAGAAUGAGUUCAAAGAGAUGGAAAUAAUGAAUCUAAAAACGAAGCGAUUAAACGCCACGUUUCGAUCGGCGGAACCAGCGGAACCACAGCCACCAGAGCCACCGCCGGCUCGUGCUACGGCGGAACCCGCACCCUCAACCUCAGCUCAACCGAAAGCGACGGAAGCCACGGAGGAUGAGUUCGAUCUCGCGUCAAUCCUACCGAAACUGUCCCUUGGCAAAACGCCCGAACUGUGCGAGCCGCUGGACGUUGAUCCGCAAGCGUUCGUGAAUGCAACCGACAGCUCGGUACGGAGUCGACAGCUCCGCAAGUACUCGCGGGUGACGCGCAACGAGUUUACGAUCGGCGAUCAGCUCGUAUCGCUGCAGACCUUUCUGUCCCAGAUGCUAGUCGGCGCAAAGACUUCCGGUGGUGAAACGACGGAGCGGAUUGUCCUGUCCCCCGGCAUGUACCCGCUGGUAGCGAUCGCCACGGAAAAGGGACUGGAAGAGAUCGAUCUGUACUGUCAGCGGUUGGGACAGCACAAGGAGACGGAUUUUCGCCUCAAUGGGCAGAAAAGUACGAUGGAGCAAUCGGCACCGGUGAACGUGUUCCAGCAGGAGCAGCUGUACAAUGGCGAGCAGGCCGUCGUGAUACGGCGCUUCCUGGCGGUGGUCGGACUGUACUGUCGAAUCUCGGACGAGCUGGUAGUGAAGCGAUUGCUGGAGAAGGAGCUCGUGCUACGACUCGCGAAGAAUAUGAAACGGAUCAGUACUGCUAUCAUCUUGACGUCACUGCACGGACUGGUAACGGGUGCGGCUGCACUGCUUAACGGAAUAAGCUUCCGCCCGCGAAGGUUCCUCAUGUACGGUGCGAGCGGUUCCCAGCUGAUGGAACUAUUCCGUUCGAUCGUGCUGUGCCAACCCGAUGCACCGUCCUCGAUGCUGCAGCUGUCCGACUUUCUGCGCCGCCUGUCCCACAUUACGGAUGGCAGUGUGCACCAUCUGCUCAAUCGUCUCUGCAUCAGCCACCAUCCAGUCGAAACGGGUCAGCAGCAGCAACAGCAGAAGCAGGAGGAACAGCAACCCACAACAUCCCGCCGACAGUAUCGGUUAAAAACGAUCAGCUUUUCACUGGGGACCUGCACGCUGCAGAUGUACGCGGCACUGUUGGAGAAUUCCGUCCGGCCACAUGACCGGUACGAGGCGUGGCAGAUGAAACCGUUGUUGACCAACACGGAAAAUACGAUCCACUUCCUGCGGAACGUGCUGCUGCAUCCGGUUGGAUGGGUGAAAUCGUUCUACGACCGGGAGGAUCCGAAUGAGUGUGAGCUUUGCCACAUCCGGAUGGUGUCGGCGUUCGUUACACUGCUGUUCCGGGUGCUGCUGUGCUGGAACCAGCCUUCGGUUAAGGACGAAGAAGAUGUAUCGCACAUUCAAUGUAUCGCCCAGCACGGUGUACUGCUGCUGUACGAACUGUUCCAGACGGCGUACCACAAGAAGCUGUUACGACUCGCAGGGCCCACCGUUCGGUACCGUCUACGGGUAACGUACAACUGGCUGAAGCUGUACCAGAAGGAGUUCAAUUUCGGUGACAUUCACAUAAGAACCCUCGGCAUGUUGGACAUGCGCCUCCUUAUGCCUGAUCCGCUGCGGGCCUAUCUGGAAGCGGAAAGCGACGAUCCGGAAGCUGAAAAGAAAGCGGCCGACAGUGAGGAUGCGCGUAGAGCGGAAAGUAACGCAAUCAUGGAAGAGCUGUUUGCCGGCUUCUUCAAUACUUACGCUAACAAUAGUGCCACACUUUUAUAAUAUAUCUAAUUGUAUGCUUCGCACCCUGCCCGCCUGCGGGACAACACACAGCAUUUUGUAGCGUAUUUUCCUUUCACACUGUGAUUUUCUCUAAGCUUCU